CUCACAAGUCACAAUUUUUUCACCCCAAACCCCAUAAAUCAUCCAUAGCCAAACAAAACUCUCAUUUCACAACUAAGAAGAGAUUCACUAAUUAUCAGGGCAAUAAAAAAUGGCAGAUAUUUCACAUCUUGAAAAAAUGGGAAGAGAGCUCAAGUGUCCCAUCUGCUUGAGUCUGUUGAAUUCGGCUGUUUCACUUACAUGCAAUCAUGUAUUUUGCAAUUUAUGUAUUCAGACUACUAUGAAAUCAGGGUCCAAUUGUCCAGUGUGCAAAGUUCCUUUUCAUCGCAGAGAAAUCCGACCUGCUCUGCACAUGGAUAAUUUGGUGAACAUCUAUAAGAACAUGGAAGUUGCUUCAGGAGUCAAUAUAUUUGUUACUCAAACCAAUCCGUCAUCCAGAGUAUCAGGUGAAGACAACCAAUCUAAUGGCAAACAAACUUGUGGACUCCCAGAUGAAGGUAAAACUGUAACUGAGGCUCCAGCCACAGAUAAUCAGAAAAGAAAAAGAGGGAAAGGGUCAAAAAAAUCUUCAGAGUGCAACAAAAAGAAUACCGGAUCAAAUCUUAUUAGACCUUCUUUUCCGACAAAAAAGAGAGUGCAGGUGCCAAAAUAUCCACCUCUAGAGACUCCGCCACCCGCAAAGUUGGCUGGUGGAAAUGGUAAAUCCAUCACCAACGAAGCUCAGAAACCUUUGGUGAUUGAGAAAGACAGGUCUAUGCUAAAUGAAAAAGGAGAACCAGUACUAUCUCCAUUCUUCUGGCUGAGAGAAGAAGAGGAUGUAGAAAGGUCAAGUCAGCAAACAGAUGGAUACAUUAUCAUGGAUACACCUCCAGUUAUUCCAUGCUUCAGUGAUAUAAAGGACAUGGAUGAUGAGGUCCACUGUGAAAUGUCUCCAAAAAGUGGAACUCGUAAUGCAGCAAAUGGAGCAGAUCUUUUUGACAGUGAGAUGUUCGACUGGACACAAAGAGCUUGCUCUCCUGAACUUUCUUCAAGCCCCUACAAGACGAAGAUUAAAGAUACUGAUUGUGCUGCAGCUCAAGAGAAGACUCGAUUGCCCUCACUAAAAAGGCAUAGUGUGGAAUCAGCAACUCAGGACAGAACAACUGUGGUAAAUGUAGAGGGUACUGAUAAAGAACAACUGAAGUCACACUCUUUAUUUCCUCUUGAAAAUGAAAUCACUGGUACCAAAGGUGUCGUUUGCAAUUCUAGCAAGAGUAAGGCACUUAGAUGCACUAAGAAGAAACAAGGCAAGAAAAUAAUUGGUGAAGUGUCAGAAUUUCAUAAUAACUUACAAAAAGCAGCUGAAAAAACUAUGAAGAACAAUCAGGAAGAUGCCUAUGCACUUAACUCAAAGAACAAAGAUUUGAAAAACAAGAAAAAGGGUAGUUCCGCUACAAAUGUCACAGGGUCAGCAAUAGAAGACAUUUCCACUUCAUGUCGUGCUAAAAGACUUCGCAAGAGCAGUCAGCCCAAGUCCUUCGAUAUGUCUACUCUUGGAGAUCAGGAAAAACACAGUGAAGGAAGCAUUGAGACACUUGACUUGAAGGCAUGUCAUAAACAGGACCAGAGAUCUAUUGGUGAACAAAAUAAAAUUCGUUUUAGACCAAAGUGCAGACAGAGAACUGCUAAAGAUAACAUUACACAAAUCCAAGAUGAACCUUUGCAUUUGGCAGCAAAUAGAUUGCUUCCCAUGCAUAAUGAUGGGGAAGCUACUCCUUCUGGUACACAAAUCAAGACAUGUGAGCUUGAGUGUGAUGGCAAGCUUCAUGGUAAGAAAAAAGUGAAGUUUUCUGAAGAUGAGCAGCUUGCUGACAAGGAAAAUAUUACACUUGAAAAGAUUCAGAAGAGAGUGCAUAAAUCAUUGGAAACAGAGAAAUCUGUUUCGGACGUGAAUGGAUUGGUUUUGCGGAAGUGUGAGGCAAGCAGCAACAAGAUCCAGUGUGCCUUCUGCCGUUCAGCAGAGGAAUCUGAGAUUUCAGGAGUCAUGAUAAGCUACCUUAAUGGAAAACCUGUUAAAGAAGAUGUCAAUGGAGUAUCUGGUGUUAUACAUGUGCAUAAGCAUUGUGCAGAAUGGGCCCCUAAUGUAUAUUUUGAAGAAGAUGAUGCGGUCAACCUUGAAGCUGAGCUGAAGAGGAGUCGGAGGAUUACUUGUUUUUUCUGUGGAGUAAAAGGAGCAGCUCUUGGGUGUUAUGAGACGAGUUGUCGCAAAAGCUUUCAUGUUCCUUGUGCCAAGUUGACACCAGAGUGUCGAUGGGAUUAUGAUAACUUUGUUAUGUUAUGCCCUUUGCAUGCCAACUCUAAGCUGCCAUGUGAGGUCCCUGGAAAGCAGUCCCGGAUUAAAGAAAGUAUCAAAAGAAGUUCUAAUAUCCACCAGCCUAAAGUCUCAGCAACACCUGAUAAUGCUGCUACUUCGCAGUGGAAGUCUCAGAAGAAGAAUAAGAGCUUGGUGCUCUGUUGUUCAGCUCUAACUGCUGAUGAAAAAGAGCUUGUUUCUUCAUUAAAGAGGUUGUCUGGAGUGACAGUAGUCAAGAACUGGGACCUAAGUGUCACCCAUGUUAUUGCUUCUACAGAUGAGAAAGGGACAUGCCGAAGAACUCUCAAAUACUUGAUGGGUGUCUUGGCUGGGAAAUGGAUAUUGAGCAUUGACUGGAUUAUUGCUUGCUUGGAAGCCACAGAAUUUGUUGAUGAGCAGCAAUAUGAGAUUAAAAUGGAUGCUCAUGGCAUCAUGGAUGGCCCUAAGCUUGGAAGAUCGAGGAUUUUAAACAAGCAACCAAAGCUUUUCAAUGGAUACAAGUUCUUUUUUAUGGGUGGCUUUUCACCUUCCUACAAGAGCUAUCUACAUGACCUUGUUAUUGCUGCUGGAGGAAUUAUCCUCAACAGGAAGCCUGUAGCAGUGAAUCAGGAAAUUCUUUCACCUGGAUGCCUUGCACCUUUUGUAAUUUAUAGUCGCGAGCAACUUGAUAAGUCUGAAGUAAUAGAAAAAAAACGAUCUGAUGCAGAAGCUUUGGCUAGUUCCACCGGAGCUGUAGCGGCCAGCAGCACUUGGAUUCUGAACUGCAUUGCUGGCUCCAAGUUGCUGGAGCUGGAAUAGUGUAAAAAUUUCUAGCUAAGUUUUUCACAUCAUUCAGCACCGCAGGCAAGACUUAGCCUUUUUGUCUCUAGUUUUAUAAAGCAUCAGUCUGUAAAGUUUAUCUAAUCAUUCAGUUACUUGUACCCAAAAUAUCUUGAUGAAUAAGUUAAAAGAUUCAAUUAAAUUUCAGUUUACUUUGCAUA